UCCUCUGCACUGGGGGGCGCGAGCUGAUGACGCCAUCGGCGGGCGACGGGAAGCAACUGACAGCGUCUAACGGUCGGCGGAGCCAGCGAGCCCUUCCCGCGGGUCUGGGACUCUGCUGCCAGGGGCUACUCGGGGCCCGGGGGAGCGUCGCAGCCCGCUAGGCAGAGCCAUGAGGCUGGUCCAGUUCCAGACGAAGAGCUCGGGCGGGCCCAGGGUCGGGCUGGAGGAGAAAGAUGGCGGCAACGUGAUCGACUUGAACGCCUGCGACUCAUCCCUGCCCAGGACGAUGAGGGAGUUCCUGGAGGGCGGGGAGGCAGCGCUUGCGGCAGCCAGGAAGGCCCUCGCAUCUCACCAGCACGUCCUGCCACGCUCGGAGGUGAGUCUCCUGGCUCCUGUCAUCAACCCCGGGAAGGUGAUCUGCGUGGGGAUGAACUACGCAGACCACUGCCGGGAGCAGGGCAUGGAGCACCCCAAGGAACCCAUCAUCUUUAGCAAGUUCACCAGCUCCAUUGUGGGGCCCUGCGACAACAUUGUGCACCCACCUAAGAGCAACGAACUCGACUGGGAGGUGGAGCUGGCAUUUGUCAUUGGAAAGAAAGGCAAGAACAUCCAGGAGUCGGUCGCGAUGGAUCACAUCGUUGGAUUCACAGUUGGUCACGACGUCAGUGCCAGAGACUGGCAGCUGAAGAAGAAUGGAACACAGUGGGUGCUGGGCAAAAGCUUUGAUACCUUCUGCCCCCUGGGACCAGCCCUAGUGACCAAGGAUGCUGUAUCAGAUCCUCAUAACCUGGGCAUCCGCUGCCGAGUGAAUGGGGAGCUUGUCCAGGACAGCAACACCAGCCAGAUGAUCUUCAAAGUGCCAACACUUGUCUCGUGGGUCUCCCAGUUUGCUACUCUGUACCCAGGAGACGUGUUCCUAACCGGGACCCCGCCUGGCGUUGGAGUCUUCCGGAAGCCCCCAAUGUUCCUGAAGAGAGGAGACGAGGUGCAGUGCGAGAUCGACGAGCUGGGAACCCUUCACAACAAGGUUGUCUGAAGAUGCUGCACAUCUGCCCUGCUCCUCAGGCAGUGGAGCCUACUGGGACCUUGAUCUCCCCAGCACUUCACCUGCCUGCUGGUGGCUGGGACAUUGGUCCUCACAGUUCCUGCAAUAAAUCUCCCUGACUGCCCCUCCA